CAUUUAGGUGUUGAGAAAAUGAAGUCCUUGGCGAGGCUCACGUGUUGGUGGCCAGAGAUAAAUGCAGAUAUUUGUCGUACAGCAAACAAUUGUGUAAAGUGUCAUAAGCUGAAAAAUCAGCAUUCGAGGUUGAGUGAUUCUAUUGUCGCCACAACAUUUAAUGAGCUGGAGAGGGGAGUAGAUACCUUUCUACUGCAAUAUAGAAAUGCCAGACAUUCGGUGACGAAAGAGACUCCAUCAAAACUAUUAAAAGGAAGAAUUCUUCGGUCGAAUAUGAGAUGUUUGGAGUCUGCAGAAGUUACAUAUUAUCGUGGCAAUUAUCUUCGACCAUCCACGGGGAUCGUUCAGAAGAAUGUCGAGAAAUCUAUGGUGCGACUUCUAGAUAUCAAUGACUUAAGUACACACAAUCGACAUGUUGAUCAAAUACAAUUCCAAGAGCCAGGUGAGUCUGUUCCAAUUUCGGUUGUUAAUUCUAAUACUAAUGAGAGCAUUCUAGAUAAUACAGAGUCUUUAUCCAAUACACUGUCGGACAGACACAGGAUGAAUUUGAGAAGAAGACAUACAACUGAUUACAGACAUAUACAUUCCAAUUUAAGCGGUGGCGGAUGUGGUGUUUGAAUGAACUAGUAACUUCUUGUUGUUGUGAAAUGCUUGAUUUCGAAUUCGAAAUACAAUACAUUCGUUUGUGCAGAUAUUUAAUUCUUGAUUCAUAUACUUCUAAGCAUCACAGUGGCGUCGCGAGCAGGAUCUGUAAUGGAACAGCUAGAUAUUCAUUCUACUUCUGAAGCUUUUGAAGAUUAUUUGGAAAGGUUUGAAAUCUGGAGUAUGACCAGGAAAGAUGUCAAAGAUGAUAAAAUUGUGGCUCAUUUCCUAACAUUCAUCGGAAAAGAAGCGUACAGCUUAUUAAAAACUUUGGCAUAUCCAGAAAAACCUAUUUCACUUCCCUAUGCAAUGCUAAAGGAGUUAUUAUUGAAUCAUGUAAAGUGCCCUGGUUUUGAGUGCCGUGAAAGAGCGAAAUUUCAUAAGAUGAUUCGUCAAAAUGACCAAAAUGUUAAGGAAUUCAUUCUUGAAUUGCAGAAACAGGCUGUCAAAUGUAAUUUCGGUGAUCAACUUCAUGUGCAGCUGAGAGACCGAUUAAUUGCAGGAAUUAACAUACCUAGUUUG